AUGAAAGAGUAUCGAAAGAAGAUAACAGCUAAGCCACGUCAGACCAAAGUAGGUCAGGUCAGCUCAAAUCAGGUCAGAUCAGAUCAAGCCACGCCAGACCAGGUCAGACCAAGUCAUCUCAAGUCAAGUCAAACUAAGUCAAGUCACCUCAAGUCACAUGUGAAGAUCGACGACGAGGAAAUGGAAGCAAGCAAUCAAGAUCGUGCGAAGAUCGACGACGAGGAGAUAUUAUUACGACCCAUCGUACACGUCACACUACCUGGGUUGGAGUACCGCAACCUCAUGAGACGACUUUAUCGUUCUUAUAACUUUUGGGUCAGGUGUCCCAAAGACCGACAAAGAAUUUUUGGAGAUAUUGGAAACACGUUCCACAACAUUAGUAUCGUGUUGGAUGAUAUUGAAGAUGGGACAGUCCUUCGUAGAGGAAUCCCAGCUGCCCAUAUGGUAUAUGGUGUCGCUUUGAGUGUGCAGGCUACAAUAUAUAACGCAUUUCUGUUGUUUCAAAGCUUGCUACAACACUUAAAAGACAAUGAGGAUGUCGUCACUGACGAUUUUGUUAAAGUUGGUAUUGAGUUCUUCACUGGACAAGGGAUGGAAAUAUACUCCAGAGACGUCGAACAAUGUCCUACUUUUGAAGACUACGGUGUGGUGGUUUAUGGAAAAUCCGCCAGUCCGUUAUUUUGGGGAAUCCAGUUGUUGCAGCUGUUUGCCAAGAACGCAAAAAUUGACUUUAUUUUUGAAAUUUUUGACAAAAUGGGUCACUUUCUUCAGAUAUAUGACGACUACAUUAAUUUACACAAUCCUAAGUACGCAACCGUCCGAGUCUUCGCUGAUGACCUGGAUGAGGGGAAAUUUAGCUACCCCAUAAUUCAUGCCGUCCGAAGUCACCCGGAUGAUAAGCGCCUUCUGAACAUGUUAAAACAGAGACCUCUGGAUAUCGAAAGUAAGAAAGUGUUUGUAGAGAUAAUGGAAGGUUUUGGAAGUUUCGAAUUCACUCGAAAUGUGUUGGAAAAUUUAAGGAAAGGAAUUCUCGCCGAUGUGGAGAAAAUGAAACUGGAGAAAAAUCCAUAUCUGGAAAAAAUUCUUGAAGAUAUAUUCAGUCGUUUAGAAACGGAAAUAUAUUUCGACGGUUGUGACUAA